AUGGGGGAGUCUAUCGAUCGCAUCGACACCGUUCCUGGCGUCGCGCCGGCAAAGGAGCUCUGGAGACAUCCAGACCCUGCGUCCACGCCCAUGUGGAAGUUUCUCCAGACGGUGAACCAGAAGCACAAUCUGCGUCUCAAUGGAUACCCGGACCUGUACAAGUGGUCCGUCGACAACGUCGCCCAGUUCUGGGACGAGGUGUGGCAGUUUGUCGGCAUCGUCAGCUCCAAGCCGUAUUCUUCGGUUCUACCACCGAAUGCGCCCAUGUUCCCUCGCCCCGACUUCUUCUCCGACUCCCUCCUCAACUUUGCCGAGAACCUCCUAUUUCCUCCCACUGCAGAGCCUCUCGAUCCCAACUCCACCGCUAUCAUCACCACCACCGAGCUUCCAGGCGAUUUGCGCUCAACUACCUGGGGUGAACUGCGCGAGGCUGUCCGCCAAUGCGCCAAUGCUUUGCGCGCUGCCGGGCUAAAGCCCCACGAUAUUGUCGCCGGUUACGUAUCCAACCAUGUAGAGGCUGUGGUUGCAAUGCUGGCUGCCGCUUCUAUAGGCGCGAUAUGGACGGGUAUCAGCCCUGAUAGUGGCGUCUCUGCCGUCUUGGAUCGAUUGAGCCAGAUUGGACCUCGUGUCCUAUUCGCAGACAACGGCACCGUUUACAAUGGCAAGGAGUGGUCAAGCACAUCCAAGACAAAUGACAUUGUCGCGGAGCUCAGCAAGAUGGGCUUGGAGCAGGUUGUCGUCAUCAACAAUAUCAAGGGCGAGCUUGGCAUCGAAGACAUUGAGGCUCACGGCGUCAAGGCUAUUGAAUACCAAGCGUUCCUCGCCAGCGCAUCUUCAGAGAAUCUCAAAUUCGAGCAGCUGUCGCCAUCACAUCCACUCUACAUCCUCUACUCCAGCGGGACUACUGGACUUCCCAAGGCCAUUGUCCACACGGCCCUGGGAACGCUCAUCCAGCACAAGAAGGAGCACGUGCUGCACUGCUCAUUGACCCCUGCGUCGAGCAUGCUCUACUACACAACUACUUCCUGGAUGAUGUGGCACUGGAGCAUCGGAGCGCUUGCUGCUGGAGCCAAGCUGAUUCUGUACUCGGGAUCGCCCUUCCGACCCAACGGGUACAUGUCUCUUCCUCGCGUGCUGUCGGAUCUCAAGGUCACUCAUUUCGGCACCUCAGCGGCCUACCUCACGGCCUUGGAGGCCAACAGCGUCUAUCCUAUUCGCGAUCCCAGCAUUGAUUUGUCUCAUCUUGAAGCCAUCUACUCCACUGCAUCACCACUGCCUCCAUCCACCUUUUCAUUCGUUUACGAAGCCUUCCCCAAGAACAUUAAUCUCGGCUCCAUCACUGGCGGCACCGACAUCAUCUCCCUUUUCGGUGCCUCUUGUCCUCUACUUCCCGUACGUGUUGGCGAAAUCCAGUGCGCCGGCCUCGGUAUGGCCAUCAGAGUUGUCGACUCUGUCACCGGAGAAGAAGUGCCCGCAGGAGAGCCGGGUGAUCUGGUCUGCGUCAAGCCUUUCCCCUGCCAGCCCCUGACUUUCUUCGGCGCCACUGGCAACGACAAGUACAAGGCCGCCUACUUUGAGCGUUUUGAGGAUGUCUGUGGGGUCAAGGGUGCGGUAUGGCAUCACGGCGACUUUGUCAAGAUUCCCGAUGCCAAGACGGGCGGUCUUCUCAUGCUGGGACGAUCUGAUGGUGUCCUGAAGCCUGCUGGUGUGAGAUUUGGCUCAGCCGAGAUUUACAACAUCUUGAUUCGGUUCUUCGCCGCCGAGGUGGAAGAUGCUGUCUGCGUGGGCCGCCGACGGGCCACGGACACUGACGAGACAGUGUGUCUCUUUGUGGUCACGACGCCGGAGCACAAGUUCGACGAUGAUUUGAGAAACAGGAUCAAGCAGAAGAUUAAGAGCGAGCUCAGCCCGCGUCACGUCCCGGGUGUGGUGGAAGAAUGCGGAGGCGGCGUGCCCAAGACGGGGAACGGUAAAAAAAUCGAAGUUGCUGUGAAGCAGAUCCUUUCAGGCAUGGCGGUCAAGACGAAUGCCAGCGUGGCCAACCCUGAGGCUUUGGAGUGGUUCAAGCAGUGGGCAGAGGCCAAUUAA